AUGUCUACUGCUGCUACCACCACUAAAACCACAGAACCAGAUUAUUCAUUGAACAGUUCUGACGUUGUUGAAAAAUAUAGAACUGCUGGUUCAAUCUCUCAAAAAGUUUUAGACCACGUCAAAUCAUUAGUCAAAGAUGGUGCUAAGAUCUGGGAUAUUGCUCAAGAAGGUGAUGCUUUAAUCGAAGAAGAAACCUCAAAAAUUUACAACAGUAAGAAAAACAAAGUUGAAUCCAAAGGUAUUGCCUUCCCAACUUCUCUAUCACCAAAUAACAUUGCUGACCACCUUUCACCAAUUAACGCUGAAGAUGCUCAAUCUAACCUAACUUUAAAAACUGGUGACGUUGUUAAAGUCCAUUUAGGUACUCAAAUUGAUGGUUUUGCUUCAAUUGUUUCAGAAACCGUUGUUGUUGGUGCUUCUGCUCAAGAACCAGUUACCGGUAAGAAAGCUGAUCUUUUAACUGCUGCUUACAAAGCUUCAGAAGCUGCUUUAAGAACUAUCAAACCAGGUAACAAGAACUGGGAUGUCACUAAAGUUGUUGCCCAAGUUGCUAAAGAAUAUGGUGUUGUCCCAUUAGAAGGUAUGUUAACCCAUAACCAAGAACGUAAUGUCUUGACUGGUCCAAAAGAAAUCAUUAUAAAUCCAAAUGAAGAACAAAAAGGUCAAGUUGAUACUUUUGAAUUCGAAGAAGGUCAAGUAUUUGGUCUUGACAUCUUGAUGUCUACUGGCGAAGGUAAAGUUAAAGCAAGUGAAGCUAGAACCACUAUUUACAAAUUAACUGGUAACAACUAUCAAUUGAAACUAAAAUCUUCCCAUUUGGUCUUAAAUGAAAUCAAGAGAAAAGCUUCUCAUUUCCCAUUUUCAAUCAAAAACUUGGAUGAUCCAACUAAAGGUCGUACUGGUUUGAAAGAAAACUGUAACCACGGUGUUAUGAUUGCUUACGAUGUUUACCAAGAAAAAGAAGGUGAACAAAUCGCUCAAGUUUACGUUACCGUUGCAUUGACCAAAAACGGUUUAGUUAAAUUAACUUCAUCUCCAUUUGAUGAAUCAGUUGUCAAAUCUGAAAAGGUCUUGGGUGAUGAUUUGAACGAAUUACUUUCAAAACCAUUGAAAGUUAACAAAAAGAAAUCAAAAGCUGCCAAAGAAGAAGCUAAAUAA